GCUGUACGUAAACUCCCAUCAGAAAGCUGCUGGCCCCAUGAGCAGCAGCAACAAGCGCCAAGCCGCGGCCUCGCCGACGGUCCUCGACCUUGACCACGUGCUUGUGGCCGUCGUCCAGUGCAUGGCAGCCGUCAAGGACGUCAAGGCCUUCCUCGCUGCACUCCCGCCCUCGGCUCGUGGCAGCACGCACCUGGCCGCGCUCCACGAGCUCCUCCAAGCCCCGCACCGCGCCGUCCUUGCGAUAGUGUCAAAGCCUCUGGACGCGCUCUGGCCUCUGCUUCAUCUGGAUAAGAUCACGCCCGCAGCGACCCACCUCGUGCGCGACGCGAUGCCGAUCUUUCUUGCCGCCAGCGCUGGUACCUCGCGCGUUGCACGGCCACGUUAUCUCGACACUGUCGAGUGGCUGCGUCUGUGGAGUACCAAGCUCACACACUACACGCACGAUGUAAACGGCGCCGUCUUCGAUCCAUCGCGGCUCCUCAACGUCUUACGCCAGUGCCAUCAGCUCCAAGUCGUCGACCUGCGCUGGGCGGCCGACGGCCAUGAGAUUGUCGAGGCUGUCACGACGCCUUUGCACCGCGUCCGCUCUCUUAAAUUCGUCUGCUCGAGCGCUGCUUCGAUCGCGCUUGUGGACCGCUGGCUCGCUUCGGGCCACGCCGAGCACUUGGAGCUCACGCAAGCCGAGAGCCACGAAGCAGAGGCAAUGUUGGGUCCGAUGCUCCUCAAGACCACGGGACUUUCGAGCCUUGCACUACACUACCAUGAGCGUGGGGUUCUUGCACCGCUUUUUGCUAUCGCAGCCUCGUUCGACCGACUUGCGCGCUUGAGUCUCUCGAUUCCCGAGUCGGACGUGGCGUCGCUGCUGCCGUUUCUAAAGCACCUCAACAAGCCGCAGCUUCGCUCGCUUUCCCUCUACUGCCGUCAAGCUGACCUCACUGGACUCGUGGAGGUACUAGCGUCGUUCCCAAAACUCGAAGAGCUGGAGCUGUCCAAAUGUGCUUUCGGUGGGCGGCCACGUGCGACGAUGAUGUUGCCACUGACGCUUCGGCGCGUCACGUUUCGCGAGCUGACAGCCACCAAGGCAACGUGGGACGUGCUCGUCACUGGCUUGUCUCGUGCACACGCUCUCACUGAGCUCUCAUGUUGCUGGUGCCGACUGCAACCGUCCGUCGUCAAGGCCAUCGCAAAGGCGUUGUCCAACUGGAUCCAUCGCGGUAUCCGAAACAUCGCGUUGGACGCCUGCAACAUUGAUGACGACGGUGCGUCAGCGAUGGCGACGGCGCUGCGUCGGACGACGAGCCAAUCCGGCGUCUGCAUUGAUUUAUGUAAUGCCCGACUGUCGGUGCAAAGCUACGUGGCACUCGGAGACGCACUGACGACGUGCCGCGGCGUCUCGAUUGAGCUGCGACCGAUCGACUGCGAAGUGUUUCGCACCGAGGCGACGAGGCGCCGCAUCACGUACCAUGUCGAUAGCCGCACGAACCGUCUCGUGCUCGAGAGUCCCGUUCCGCACCUACAAUAAUUGUAGGCCUUUUCGUGUUUGACCAUUCCUGCUAUCGUACAUGUGCUCUAAAAC